AUGGCCAAUGCCCUCUUCUCACGUCAAAAGGACGGCCUUUGUGAUGCGUCCAGCUACGUACCGACCACAGCAGAGAAGCCGACACCAUUCUUCACGUUCUCUGAGACUGAGAUUGAAUCUAUUCUCGAUUGGCUCUUUGUCCCGGAGCGCGGUCUCAAUCUGACAGACUCGACAUCCGAGAAUUUGUCCCAGACUGACAACUACAUCUGGUUUAUGGAGCCUCUGAUGCCGAACAAGACUGACGUACUGGCGUAUCUGGAUGGCAAUGCUACAGCUCCUCCAAAGUAUGCCCAUAUUGUCAUGGCUGAGGGUGGGAAAGAAAUACCAGUUAUGACUGAUUACUAUGUUGGUCCUCUUCCUGUAAGCGAUCAAACCACUAUCAGAACGCUCGACUACUGGUUCAACGGUGUUGGAGGGGCUCAAGUUCCUUUCAACGCUCGUCCGAAUGACCCUCCAAGAAGAGCCGCCUUCGAUCCUCUUAUUGUAUCUGUCAUGUCAAACAUCUCUGAUAUCACCGCUGACUUGGUCGACAUCGUAUACUUUGGCGCCGAUGACGAGCGCUCUAAUGGCACUUAUUUCACCACUAACCCCCAAUCUAUGGAUGGAAACUCGUCAAUUCUGUGGAUGCCAUGGCGCCGCAACGCACUCGCACAAUAUGACCAACCGACGAAUCUUUACACCAGCUUCGACAUUUCCGGUAGCGAUCCAUCUACCUAUCAUCUUCGAAUGAUCGUCUACAACUUGGUCAUAUACAACUCUGUCGAAGAUUUCCGCGAGGCCUGGGAAAGCGGCAAGAUUGAGAAAACUCCACCGCCAACAAGGAACGAUACGUUCCUGCGGAAAGAUAGAUUUGGCCCGGUUCGUGACCUCGAAACCAGACUUGCACCCGCAACGAUCGAGCCCGACGGGAAGCGAUACAAGCUCGACGCGCAGAAUGACUACGUCGAAUACCUUGGCUGGUCAUUCUACACGCGCUUCACCCGGGACACAGGUGUCCAGAUCUUCGACAUCAAGUUCAAAGGCGACCGCAUCAUGUACGAGCUGUCUUUGCAGGAUGCUAUCGCCCAGUAUGCAGGAAACAAUCCCUUUCAAGCCACCACUGGCUACAGCGAUCGCUACUACGGGAUUGGCGCCAGCGUCAUCACACCUGUGCCCGGCUAUGAUUGUCCGUAUCACAGCACCUAUCUCAAUGCGACAUACAACGAUGGCACACAGUUGCAUUCGGUCAAGAACGGACUAUGUAUUUUCGAGUCGGACCUCGGCUUUCCUGCCACCCGCCACAAUGAUCCUGCGUAUAUCCAAAGCACAAAAGCCUCCGGGCUGACAGUGCGCUGGAUUGCGACUGUCGGUAACUACGACUACAUGUUCGACUACUCAUUCUGGGUCGACGGUACAAUCACUGUAGACGGCCGAGCUUCCGGGUACGUCCAGGCCAACUACUACCGUCCCGAAGACGAGGGAAAAUGGGGACCACGCAUCCAAGAGACCAUUUCCGGCACACUACACACGCACGUCAUGGGCCUCAAAGCCGACUUCGACCUGAUCGACUCCCAAAACACCUUUGUGAAGACCGACAUCAUCGUCGAGAACAUCACGCAACCGUGGUUCCCAGAGCUGAGCGAGUUCGAAAUGAUGCGCUACAACAUCUCCGAGGUCCUAUCCGAGGCCGACGGCCUGCUCAACUUCGGUCCCAACGGCCAAACCAUGUACACGGUCGUCAACAAGGCUCACAAGAACCAGUGGGGCGAGAGCCGCGGCUACCGCAUCCUCCCCGGCAUCAGCAACGUGCACCUCGCGUCGCAAAAAUCCCCCUUCUUCCUCAAAUCCGCCGAGUGGGCCAAGCAGAGUCUCGCGGUCUCGCGCCAACACGACACCGAACCCUCAUCGUCCUCGACCCAGAACCAAAACCUACCUCGGACCCCGCCCGUGGAGUUCUGGAAGUUCUUUGACGACGACGAGCCGCUGGUGCAGGAGGACUUGGUGGUGUGGACGAACCUGGGGAUGCACCACUUCACGCGUGCGGAGGACAUUCCGAACACGAUCAUGACGGAGGCGCACUCGAGCAUCAUGUUUGCGCCGAUGAACUGGGGGGAUACGGAACUGACGGUGGAUCUGACAAAUGCGGUGAUAUACAACGCGAAUGAGGAUGGGAGCGGGGUCGUGCCGGAUGUGAAUGGUGUGAGUCCGCCGCAGUGCUAUCCGUUGACAGCGCAGGACUCGCUAGUCGGGCUUUUUGAAGCUUGA